AGUCUUUGCCAAAAAUUGGAUAACGCGCUGCAGCUGCUAGGCGUUAUUUAACGGUCAAUGGUCACCAAACCGGGCAACCCCGACCUCAACCUCGACCUCGACCUCCAUAUCUGAUUUCUCUGCUCUUCUUCAAUCCCUUCUUCUGUAUAUGUAAAAUACACGACUUCUUAUCCGACUCCGAUUUUGUUGUCUUUUUCUCUGCUUUCUCCAUCUGGAAUGGCAGCCGUAGAAGGUCUCCCGCCCAUAAUUCACUCCCAAAUUUCGUUAAAUUGGCACUUUAAUCACAAGUAUGUUUACAGGCAGAGCGUUGCCUGCUGUAGUCGGUGUUGGAGUUUACAGAGGAAUUCGAGUCGUUUGAUUGUUAAUACUACGCCGCCAGGAGCUCCACCUAGGGUUUCGGUGAAUUGGGAACUUCCGGGGACCCGUUCGAAGAACAGAUACCUAAGAGAUAGGGAGAUUAGAGUUAGGGCAAACAGUUCUUGUGAACAAGGCACUGAUUCCAACGAUACAAACGAAGCUACUACGACGGAAAGUAAUACUUCUCCGGUUUCAGGGUCGGGAUCGGGUUCAAGUUCGGGUUCUUCUCGGAAAGAAAGUCAAGGGAAAGGGGACUGGUGGUGGUCAAAAUGGCGGUGGCAACCCAUAGUUCAAGCACAGGAAGUGGGAGUGUUUUUGCAAUUGGGGAUAGUUAUGAUCGUGAUGAGAUUGCUCGGUCCAGGAAUUCCAUUGCCUGGGUCAGAACCCAUGGCUCCGGUUACAUUUGUGAGCGUUCCGUACAGUGAGUUCUUGAGGAAGGUAAACUCAAAUCAGGUUCAGAAGGUAGAGGUUGAUGAAUUCCACAUCAUGUUCAAGUUGAAGAAUGAAGUGAUGAGUGGUGUGGUGGAGAGUGAGUCUGGGAGUGGAAGCAGUAAGCUGCAGGAGUCUGAGUGGUCGUUAAGGAGCGUGAAUCCCACCAAGAGGAUUGUGUACACCACAACAAGGCCUGGUGAUAUCAAGACUCCUUACGAGAAGAUGCUGGAGAACAAUGUGGAGUUUGGAUCACCGGAUAAGCGGUCUGGCUGGUUCUUGCACUCAGCACUGUUUGCUCUUUUCCACGUUGUUGUCCUAGCUGUUCUUCUACAUCGGUUCCCUUUGAACUUUUUUCAGCAUUCAGCUGGUCAGCUCAGGAACCGUAAAUCUGGGGGUUCUAAUGGAGCGAAAGUGUCCGAGCAAGGUGAAACUGUCACAUUUGCUGAUGUUGCAGGUGUUGAUGAAGCCAAGGAGGAGCUAGAAGAAAUAGUGGAAUUUCUCAGGAAUCCUGACAGGUAUAUACGACUUGGUGCACGCCCACCCCGAGGCGUUCUUCUGGUUGGCCUACCUGGGACAGGUAAGACACUUUUAGCGAAAGCUGUUGCUGGAGAAGCCGAGGUUCCUUUUAUCAGUUGCUCUGCAAGUGAGUUUGUAGAACUGUAUGUUGGUAUGGGGGCAUCUCGUGUCAGGGACCUUUUUGCCCGUGCAAAGAAAGAAGCUCCAUCAAUAAUUUUUAUAGAUGAGAUUGAUGCUGUGGCAAAGAGCCGUGAUGGUAAAUUCCGCAUUGUUAGCAAUGAUGAAAGAGAGCAGACAUUAAACCAGCUGCUUACAGAGAUGGAUGGAUUUGAUAGUAACUCUGCAGUGAUUGUUCUUGGAGCAACCAAUCGUUCUGAUGUGUUAGACCCUGCCCUUCGACGGCCUGGAAGGUUUGAUCGUGUGGUCAUGGUGGAAGCACCAGAUCGGACUGGAAGAGAAGCUAUUUUGAAAGUACAUGUAUCCAAGAAGGAACUUCCUCUUGCACAAGAUGUCGAUCUUGGUGAUAUUGCUUCUAUGACAACUGGUUUCACUGGGGCAGACCUUGCAAAUUUGGUAAAUGAGGCUGCUUUAUUGGCAGGAAGGAACACUAAGCUUCUUGUCGAAAAAAUUGAUUUCAUUCAUGCAGUAGAGCGGUCAAUUGCGGGGAUAGAAAAGAAGACUGCAAAGUUGCAGGGCAAUGAGAAAGCAGUAGUUGCACGGCAUGAAGCGGGUCAUGCAGUAGUAGGUACGGCUGUUGCAAAUCUUCUUACUGGGCAACCACGGGUUGAGAAACUAAGCAUAUUGCCCAGAUCUGGUGGGGCAUUAGGAUUUACUUACAUUCCUCCAACCACUGAAGAUAGAUAUUUGCUCUUUGUUGAUGAACUACAUGGACGAUUAGUCACUCUUCUUGGAGGGCGUGCAGCAGAAGAAGUCAUUUAUUCUGGACGUGUUUCUACUGGCGCACUUGAUGACAUACGUCGUGCCACAGAUAUGGCGUACAAGGCAAUUGCUGAAUAUGGUCUGAAUGAGACAAUAGGUCCUGUUUCACUGGCAACUCUUUCUGGUGGUGGGAUGGAUGAUACAGGAUCUGCACUUUGGGGAAGGGAUCAGGGGCAUCUUGUUGAUCUUGUUCAAAGAGAAGUUAAAUCCCUCCUCCAAUCUUCACUUGAAGUUGCACUCUGUGUUGUGCGUGCCAAUCCUACUGUUUUGGAGGGUCUGGGAGCAUGUUUGGAAGAGAAAGAGAAAGUAGAAGGUGAGGAACUGCAAAAGUGGCUGAAGAUGGUUGUUGCUCCAACAGAACUCGCAUAUUUCAUCAGAGGUAAGCGGGGAUCUGUUCUCCCACUGCAACCUAGUUCAGGAUGAAAUCAUAUUAUAAAAUGACGCACUUUGAAUACCCACAUCGGCCUCAUCUCUUCAUUCUCAACCCGAUGGUGGGCACUGGGCAUGGCAUGAAUUCACUCUUUCACCUUGUAUUAGUUCGGUAAAGAGUUUGUCUUGACAUCAAGCUCCUUGUAUAUCUAUUACCUACCAUGAUGAUCAGCUUUGUAGUUAUAAAGGCAAAUGGCUGAAGAAGAUCUAAUUACGAUAUAUGGAAGGAAUAUUUUCGUGAAGCUCAGCUUUGAAAAGAAGAUUCUCCUACGUUAUAAAAUAAUUUUCUUGUACAUCUCUCGUUUGUUAGUGAGCAGUCAUGUGUAAUAUACCCAGUAUAUAAUCCAUUUCUUUGGCGAACAAGUUGUGUUACAAGGGUUGAUUUCAGAUCAAAUAUCUAUAGAUGGGGUUUUCCAUGUGAAAUUUCAAUAGUAAUUGUUUUCAAUC